AUGGUCCCAACAUCCGAUCGUCUUACUACCACCAAUGCUGCAAUCGAUCUGCUCAAAAGAAAGCUCGGCAGGAAUGCGCACGUUCUCGAUUACAUCCCUCUUAACAAAGUAGAGUUGAAGUUACACAACACCGGGUACGAUGGAUAUGCCCGAUAUGGCAUUCCUAUCGCCACAGUCGAGGACAAAAGUGGCAAGCAAUGGGCAGCCUGGGCGCUCAUGUCCACGACACUCCGAAAAGAUGGAAGCCAGGAACUGUGGAUUUAUGCCAUCGAAGCAGGAUCGAAGGCUGUUAAGCGAUACAACUUAGCUGACGUGAUCAAUGAGGGCAAGCUGCGCCAGGAGUUUCAAUUAGUCAAACAGAAAAAACGUGAGCUGAUCGCUGUACUGAAGGCUUGCUUUAUCCUCAAAAGCGGUCAUGUCCCCAAAGACAUCGCCUUUGCAAGCUCUUUUCUCAGAGAUCUUCGACGCGCCUGCCGCAUGUACAAGGACGACGAUACGGGUGCAGACGAAGACCAUAUAACGAACGAUCUAGAUGAUACAACGGAGAUUUCAACUAGCUCUCCGAAUCCUGAGCCCACACCCAAAUCCAGCCCCGACGCUCGUCGGAGUAGUCCCCCUGAAGCGAGUUUCCCACUUUCAUGGCCUAUUACGGAGCGGGGGCAUUUUGAAGAAAGUAAGUUUCAUAGCGCCACUAAUAGAUGCGCUAAGGAGCUAAUAGUUGAACAGACUCCUUCAUAUAAGGAGACUUUGAAGAAAGCCUCCUUCUUCGAUGUUGGCGACAUUUCGCGACCUCAACCGCCGCGGCUGAAGACCGCUAGCCCUAUAAGUCAAAUCUCAACUGUAGUGGCCAACGAAAACGGAGGUAAUCAUCACACACCUUCUAGUCAGCCAUAUUGCAUAACUACUGCCACAUCUAUCACACGGGCGCCAAAGAACAAUCUUGAUAGCUAUCUCGAGCUCCACGAGAAGCAAGGCGCUCUUUCCUCCGAACUGAGGAACAUUAACGGUAGCAUUGAGAAACACGAUGCGAAUCUGCAAAUCAAGCACAAGCGUCAGCGUGAAGAACUGGAUGCCAAACACAAGGAGGAGAUAGCUGAACAGUACAGGGAGCAGGCAAUUGAGGCCGAUGCAAGGAAAGAGGAGCUCAUACAGUUGAAGGUCAAGCUUGCGCAACAGAAGGACGAGCUAUUGAAUCAGCAGAGGGCUCAACUGCAGGCUAAGAACGCCAUAAGGGAGGAGGUCGAUCACAAGCGUGAGUCAUUCACGCGAGAAGAGCUAUUAAAGAUGGUGGAUGGACUGACGCCUUUCGCACUCAAGAGGAAGCGGAAGAGGGGUGAAGAUGGCGAGUGUGUGGAUGGAGAGAAGCAAUCUUAGCUUCGAUGCACAAAUAGCAAGGAUGCGCGCUUUCAUAGGUCCUUCGGCGAGGAGAAGCUUUGCUUAUCAACUAUAGGGCUCUAUAAUUGUCCUGAAG